AUAAGAGGAUUAUUGCAAAUGAGAACACAUAGCCGAUACUGUCACCUACCAUCAUCAGACAUGGUUCUUCACACACGUAUUCCUUCGACUGCAUUCAGGUAAAGUACCAGGACUCAGUGAUCAGAGAGAAAAACAUUGAACCAUAGCUGGGAUGCAGGAGUAUGAUAUUAUAGUGCUCGGGACCGGGCUGAAGGAAUGUGUCCUCUCCGGUUUAAUGUCUCUUAGUGGGAAAAAGGUCCUUCACAUUGACAAAAAUCCUUAUCAUAGAGGUGAAAGUGUGUCUAUUUCCCCUCUGGAGGAGCUGUACAGGAAGUUUAAAGUUCCAGGUCCUCCUAUAUCAAUGGGUCGUGGGAAGGAGUGGAACUUGGACCUCGUCCCCAAGUUUUUUCUUGCUUCUGGUCAGCUGGUAAAAAUACUGCUGCUCACCGAGGUUACCCGAUAUCUGGACUUCAAAGUUGUCGAAGGCAGUUUUGUUUACAAAUCAGGGAAAGUUCAUAAAGUCCCGGCCACAGAGGACGACGUUCAUGGUUCAGAUCUGAUGGGCAUGUUUGACAAGAGGAGGUUCAAGAAGCUGCUGCACUUCGCUCUGAACUUUGACACUAGAAACUCCCGCACCCACCAGGACGUGGACCCCAACGAAACCACCACCCGGGAGCUGUUCAGCCGCUUCGACCUGGGACAGGAUGUCAUAGAGUUCACAGGUCAUGCCAUAGCCUUGCACUCUAGUGAGAGUUACCUGGACCAGCCCUGUUUGGAAACCCUGAACCGGAUCAGGUUGUACUCCGAGUCUUUGUCUCGUCACCAGUCCAGUCCGUACCUGUACCCCCUGUAUGGGCUUGGGGAACUACCGCAGGGAUUUGCCAGACUGAGUGCAGAGUAUGGAGGAACCUUCCUGCUGAACAGGGCGGUGGAGGAGAUUGUGAUGGACAACGGCAAAGUGCAAGCUGUCAGAUCUGAGGGAAAGCUUUUUCACUGUAAACAGUUAAUCUGCGAUCCCAGCUAUGUUCCCAACCGAGUUAGGAAGAUGGGGCGAGUCAUACGAGUGAUUUGCUUGUUAAAUCAUCCAGUUAGAAACACUCAGGAGGCCAGCUCCUGUCAGAUCAUCAUCCCUCAAACACAGCUCAACAGGAAGUCAGACAUUUAUAUAUCCGUAGUAUCCUACAGUCACGGUGUGGCCUCGGAUGGGAUGUAUAUCGCCACAGUGAGCACGACAGUAGAGACCGGAACCCCAGAGAAAGAGGUGCAGCCGGGACUGGAGCUUCUCGAACCCAUCGUGCAAAAAUUUGUGUCCAUCACCAACCUGCUGGUUCCCAAUGAGGAUGGCAGACAGAGUCAGAUCUUUGUGUCCCGUUCUUACGAUGCAACGGACCACUGUGAGAGGGAGUGCGAGGACAUCAAAGACAUGUACCAUCGACUCACGGGAGCGGAGCUCAGCUUCGUCAGGUCUCGACAAACGUCUCGCAGUUCUGAAAACGACUGAAGCUCUUCACAUCAGGACCACGUGAUCCGACAGAUACUUUGAAGAAACCACAGCUGGAAAGCAGAGGGUGUGGCAUGUAGUGCACGCGUUAAAUGUUUGACAGUUCCUAUUUUUUCCUCAUGUUUUCCACAAUUUCUAAUAUUUGGGAACAUUUGCAAAACAACAUGGCUUCAAGUAACUGAAAAGUUUUAAAUUCAUUGUCAAAAAGCUGUGUGUUGGGUCAAUCAGCAAUGGGGUUUGCUGUAUACAAGAGUUCUUACGUGCUUUUUUUUAUUGUAACAUUUUAGUAGAACCCGAGAAUAUGUAAAAAUCAAGAAGAGA